CAAACAAAAGGGAAAUCUCAUAAUCAGGGUGGUGUGUCUGUGGGGCUAUAAAAGCACUGAGCUCUUUCUGCAGCUCAUGCUUCUGCUGACUCCCAGUGAAGUGUCGUCACCUGUGUCACCUGUCGCCAAGCAGGACACCACCAUGGCAGCUAAAAAGUCUCCCGAGGAACUCCAGACCAUUUUCAAAAAGUAUGCAGCCAAAGAAGGUGAUCCAGACCAGUUGUCCAAGGAGGAGCUAAAGUUGCUGGUCCAGACCGAGUUCCCCAGUCUGCUCAAGAGUCCAAGCAGCAUAGAUGACCUUUUCAAAGAACUGGACAAGGAUGGUGAUGGAGAAGUCAGUUUCGAAGAAUUCCAAGUGUUUGUGAAAAAGCUAUCCAAAUAAGAAGGGACCUGAAAUCAGGCGCCAGGACUGCAGCCUGCAUGGAAGCCACACUGCCUCGGGCUGAGUUCUUUACAACUGCCACGACCCCACCCAAUUACUGCCAAUAAAGAGUUUUCCAGACCGCC